AUGGGCCACCCACCUCGGCAUCCAACUCCAUUAUUGGGCGGAGAAGAGGCACGACACUCAGGAGCCAGCGCCGCCGCGGAAGCUUUCGCCGGAGCGGCAUCGAAGGAUACAGCCGCCAAGGGAACUGUAACUCUGAGGCGUGCGUGCACCAGCCCCCAGCAAAACGUGAGGUGGAAAGGGAGGGCGAGGGCGGUGAGAAGGGCAGACGUCAGUCCCGUGCCUGUGGUAGGUAGCUUGGCGCACGGAGGUGUAAGUCAUCGGCACAUUCAUACAAAUGCCUCGAUUGAUUGCAUCAGGAUGGCUUCAGGGGCUCGCGCUGCCGCCGUCGGCGCCGCUCUCGCGGGCCCGAUUGAGACUGUCACUUCCCGCGACGGAGCGUCCGAAGCCGAUUCCUUGAAAAUCGCCUGGUUUUCUACAAAUAUUUCCUCCGUCCCCAUGUGA